GAAAUUGAACGGUUCCACGAAAUUUGUACACAUAGAGUUAAAGACAAAGACUUGAUCUUCAUGCCUCUUGUUUUAUAUGCCUGUCUUUGAUAUAUAUUAACCAAGUCAGGCUUCUGAAGUUCUGACGCCACACCUUUGCAAGUACUUGCAAGCAACGCAUAUCCAUCCAUUGUUUAUCAUAAUAUUAUUUCUAUUCAUACUUAACUUGUUUGUUGGACAAAAGUUUUGUAAUACUGCAUUUAACGUGCAUCAGACUGCGAACAAAAUUGUAUUUUUUCUUUCAUCGAAAAAAAUGUUCUGAUUUGUUAACAAAAGACGUGAAUGUUCUUCUCAUACUGAUCAACAAAAAGACAGGUCAAAUGAAACAAAGGGUUUUCCGUCACCUCAUUUUUGUAUGUGUCUUGAUCCAUGUGAACAAAAUAUAAGUCAAGGCUAACACAACAUUGUGAGGAAAUCUAUGAAGUCUAUAAAAGCUUCAUAAACAUGUAAUAAGUUUCGGUAGCUAAACAUGGAUCUUCAAGAAAAUCAAAAACAAAAACCACGUCCAGAAUCUGAAGAGAUAAAUGAUUGUCCAAUUGAGCAAGUUCGACUCACUGUCCCUAUAACAGAUGAUCCAACACUUCCAUGCUUAACUUUCAGAACAUGGUUUUUAGGGAUCAUUUCUUGUGGUGUUCUUGCUUUCUUGAACCAGUUCUUUGGUUAUCGCCAGAAUCAACUAACAGUGUCCUCGGUUGUAGCACAAAUUGUGGUUCUUCCUGUUGGAAGAAUAAUGGCAGCAAGUCUACCCACAAAAGGAGUAACAAUUCCAGGGACGAAAUGGUCAUUUUCAUUGAAUCCAGGACCUUUUAACGUAAAGGAGCAUGUCCUUAUUACUAUAUUAGCAAAUGCGGGUUCGAGUUCGGUUUAUGCUGUGGGGAUUAUCACUAUUGUUAAAGCCUUUUACCACACUGAAAUCCACCCUCUUGCAGCCAUGUUGCUUACCCAAAGUACUCAGCUUCUUGGAUUUGGAUGGGCUGGUCUUUUCCGGAAAUUUUUAGUUGACUCUCCAUAUAUGUGGUGGCCUUCAACUCUAGUUCAAGUCUCCCUCUUCAGGGCUUUGCAUGAGGAAGAGAAGAGGGCAAAGGGGGGACUUUCAAGGCUGCAAUUCUUCAUGAUUGUGAUUAUAAGUAGCUUUUCAUACUACGUGGUUCCGAAUUAUCUCUUUCAAUCCAUCACAGCCCUCUCUUUCGUAUGUUGGAUAUGGAAAGAUUCCUUCAAAGCUCAACAAAUUGGUUCUGGUCUUAAAGGUUUUGGAAUCGGAGCUUUUGGCCUUGAUUGGGCCACAGUUGCUUCUUUCCUAGGAAGUCCAUUAGCCACCCCUGGAUUUGCUAUGGUGAAUAUGCUAAUUGGCUAUGUAAUCACUUUUUACAUAAUAAUUCCCGUAGCUUAUUGGAACAACUGGUAUGAAGCUAGACGAUUUCCUAUGUAUGCUUUCAAGACAUACAAUGCUGAUGGAACAAAGUACAAUGUCUCUAAAGUUUUGAACGAAACGUCUUUCUCCUUUAAUCAAGCGGGAUAUGAUGAAUAUGGAAAAGUCAACCUUAGUAUCUUGUUUGUACUUGCUUAUGGUCUAAGCUUUGCUACACUAGCUGCCACAGUAUCUCAUGUCCUUCUCUUCCAUGGGAGGACAAUUUUGGAACAAACGAAGGCGUCAAUGAGGAAGAGUAUAGGGGACGUGCAUACAAGGAUUUGGGAGGCAAUUGCAACUUCCUUAUUGGGGAAUUAUCUUAGCAAUUGGUUUGGCUGCCAUAUUCACCUUGCCCGUUGGUGUUAUUGUAGCUACCACAAACCAGGGAGUAGGUCUAAAUGUGAUCACAGAGCUAAUCAUAGGGUAUAUGUACCCGGGGAGGCCACUAGCCAAUGUGGUGUUCAAAACCUAUGGUGACAACAGCAUGUGGCAAGCCAUAACGUUUCUCCAAGAUUUUAAGCUCGGCCAUUAUAUGAAAAUCCCACCCAAGUCCAUGUUCAUUGUUCAGUUGGUAGGUACAAUCAUCGCAUCGUCAGUCUACUUUGCAACAUCAUGGUGGCUCCUAACAACAGUGGAAUACAUCUGUGACCCCAUUAAUCUACCAAAGGGAAGCCCAUGGACAUGCCCAGGAGACGAUGUUUUCUACAACGCCUCAAUUAUAUGGGGAUUGGUGGGCCCACAACGUAUGUUUGGGAACCUAGGGUUAUACUCAAAGAUGAAUUACUUCUUUCUGUUUGGAAUUCUUGCACCUGUGCCCUUUUGGUUCCUUUCUUGCAAGUUUCCAGAGUGGAAAUGGCCGAGGCUUGUGAACAUACCUAUCCUUAUAAACUGUCCAGGGCCACCAGCAAAAGCAGUAAACUAUAAUAUGUGGUUUGCUGUGGGGAUGUUCUUUAACUUUGUUGUUUAUAAGAGGUUCAAGAGUUGGUGGGCAAGGCAUAAUUAUAUAUUAUCAGCUGGGCUUGAUGCUGGUGUUGCAUUCAUGGCGAUUCUUUGCUAUUUGGUGUUACAAAAUAGGAAUAUUAAUGGACCAGAGUGGUGGGGUUUGGAGGUAGAUGACCAUUGUCCAUUGGCUAAUUGUCCUUCUGUCCCUGGUAUCCACGUUCCAGGUUGCCCUGUAAUCCAAUGAAACUAAGAAAGAGGAUGUUAGCCAUUGUUGUUACACUGUAAUUUUAUGAAAUUUUAGGAAUUAUACUAUACGAUUUGAGGUAGAAUUGCAACGAAUAGGGGUUGGGUUUGUGUAUGUAGAAAAUGACUCAUAUACAAAUGUAUCAUGUAUUUGAACAUGAUUUGAUUCGACACC